AUGCACAGACGCAGAGCUGACGUCAGGAGCACUCUGCGGUCAGCGCUGGUGCUAGCACUGCGGUCAGUGCUGGUGCUAGCACUGCGGUCAGUGCUGGUGCUAGCACUUCGGUCGGUGCUGGUGCUAGCACUUCGGUCAGCGCUGGUGCUAGCACUUCGGUCAGUGCUGGUGCUAGCACUGCGGUCAGUGCUGGUGCUAGCACUGCGGUCAGUGCUGGUGCUAGCACUUCGAGAACAGCUCCGCAGUGCACGACUGGAAAAGACCUGCCGCGCGUGCCCGCUGCAUGUUUGCGGUGUGAGCGGAGUCUGCAGGGACAUCAGAGGACACGUGAGCGCGCAGAACCCGGGAGUAAACGGAGACACGGGACAGAAGUGCGGCCCGUGGAGCCGCGGGAACGCGGAGGCACACGCACUGCAGAGGCGCACCGCGGCCGGACUGUCCCGGAAGCAGCAGUUUCAGAUCAGGACCUGGGACACGGACACGAGGACACGAGGACAAGGGGACAAGGGACAGGAGCCCCGUGGGCCCAGGACACCUGCCCACGCGCGGCCCACCGCGGCUCUGCGCGAACCCGCCGCGAUCGUUGAAUUAGGUCAGAUCCACGACACAGUUAUUAGAUGCUGCGCUGAAUCGCUGGAUCUGGUGUUUGGGAUGCCGUCUGGGAUGAAGCCUCUGGAGAAGUUCCUGAAGAAACAGGGUUCAGCUCUGAGCCGACACAGCGCUGGAGGUGUGGCCGUGGUGGACAGGAGCAGCUCGGCUUCAGGAGCUGUGGGCUCUAAACGCAGAGCGAGUUUGUCCAAAGUGGUGCCAUUCUUCAGAGAGACGUCCCCCGACAGCAGCCACCAGAGGGAGCUGUUCAGUCCUGACAGUGAAGACACUCCCCCUUGGCCCUCUGUGGCUCCGCCCCCCAGUGGCCCCACCCCUGCAGAUGUCAGAAGCCCCUCCCUCUCCAGCGACGAGCAGAGUUCAGAGGAGCCAGUCAGCAGCAGCAGUGACAGGCCCGGCCCCGCCUUCCUCAUGGACACGCCCACCAACCUGACGCUGACAGUACUCGACCAUGUGACCCGGCAACGCCAUGCCCACAACACAGAGACCUUGUUGGACGACUUUAUGCUCACUCAUCCCAUCUUCAUGACGUCAGAGAGACUUCAGCAGCUCCUCCUGCAGCAGUACAACUCGGCCUCGGACUCGGAGCGCCCCCUGGAGGAGGAGGCGGUGGUGCAGAAGAAACAGUGCGUCCUCAGUUUGGUUUUCCGCUUUCUCGACACAUACAGAGAGUUGCUGCAGGAAGAGGGGGCGAGAGGGCAGGCCUUCCCCAAGGAGCUGUACAUGUGCGCGGUGCAGGACCUGAGCCGUUUCCCAGAGCUGGUCGAGGACGUCCUCAAGCUGCAGAGAUGGACCGAGAUCCUUCACAACCCGAGUGAGGAAGAGCAGGAGUCCCGGAGGCGGCAGGUUCGACCUCUGUUCCGACACUUCAGACGAAUUGACGCCUGUUUACAACCGAGAGAGGCGUUUAGAGGCUCCGACGAGAUCUUCUGCAGGGUCUACACUCCGGACCACUCUUACGUCACCAUCCGCAGUCGGCUCUCCUGUAAGGUCUCGGAGAUCCUGGCUCUGGUCCGAGAGAAGCUCCAGUACAGUGAGGAGCAGCCUGUCCUGCCCGGAGACCUGGUCCUGGUUGCCGUGACGUCUGCGGGAGAAAAAAUCGUUUUUCGUCCGACGGAUGAAGCAGUUUUCACCACGUUAGGAGUCAAUACUCACCUGUUCACCUGCGAGGCCCGAGAGCUGGAGAGCCUGAUGCCGCUCCCGGAGGAGAUCCACUGGAGCCCUGGAGACAGUAAACUCCAUGACAUGUCUGCAGAGGAGGUGUCCAACCAACUGGUGGCUUUUGACUGGGAGCUGUUCACCUGCGUUCAUGAGGUGGAGUUUGUGUGCUAUGUUUUCCACGGGGAGCAGUCUCGCUGGCGCCCCCUGAACCUGGAGCUGGUACUGCAGCGCUGCAGUGAAGUACAGUCGUGGGUGUGUACUGAGAUACUGCAGUGUCAGUCUCUGCCCAAGAGAGUACAACUACUCCGCAAGUACAUCAAGAUCGCAGCUCUCUGUAAACAGCAGCAGGACCUGCUCUCCUUCCUCGCCGUUGUCCUGGGUUUGGACAAUCCAGCAGUGGGACGUCUGCGCCUCACAUGGGAGGGAUUACCGGGAAAGUUCCGUAAACAGUUCCAGCAGUUUGAGAGCCUCGCUGACCCGUCACGGAACCACAAGUCCUACAGGGACCUCAUGCAGACGCUCAGACCUCCGCUGAUCCCCUUCACUCCUCUGCUGCUCAAAGACCUGACUUUCCUCCAUGAGAGCUGUAAGACGUUCCAUGCAGACCUGGUGAACUUCGAGAAGAUGCACAAAGUUGCAGAGAUGGUGCGGACGAUUCGCCGCUACCGGAGCUCACCGCUGCCGGUGGACACGGAGACGUCGCCCUCUCACCUCCAGACAAAGGCGUAUGUGCGGCAGCUGCAGGUGAUCGACAACCAGAACCUUCUGUUCGACAUGAGCUGCAAGCUGGAGCCCAAGGACGGGUAG